CCUGAUUUGUGGCCAAUGUUGGAGAUGUAAAAAAAAAAGGAGGGGGGAGGUAAAACACUAAAGGGGUAGCUAUGGAGAUAGAACGUUUUCCUGGCUGCUUUCUUUGACAGGUGUUGAGUGGGGUAAAAGUCUUAAAACAGAAUCAAGCAUGUACGCCAAAGGUAAAGGAGCUGUCGUCCCUUCCGAUAGCCAAGCAAGAGAAAAGUUAGCUUUAUAUGUGUAUGAGUAUUUGCUGCACGUCGGCGCACAGAAAUCAGCACAGACCUUCCUGUCAGAGAUCCGGUGGGAGAAGAACAUUACACUGGGGGAGCCCCCUGGAUUCCUGCACUCAUGGUGGUGUGUAUUCUGGGAUUUGUACUGCGCCGCUCCAGACCGGAGGGAGACAUGCGAACAUUCCAGCGAGGCCAAGGCUUUCCACGACUAUAGUGCAGCCGCUGCCCCAAGUCCAGUGAUGGGUAACAUGCCUCCAAACGAUGGCAUGCCUGGCGGACCCAUGCCCCCGGGCUUCUUUCAAGGACCUCCCGGCUCCCAGCCGUCACCCCACGCACAGCCACCCCCACACAACCCCAGCAACCCAAUGAUGGGACCUCACGGCCAGCCUUUCAUGUCUCCACGUUACCCCGGUGGACCCCGCCCCUCACUCCGCAUGCCAAAUCAGCCCCCUGUGGGGGUUCCGGGGUCCCAGCCACUCCUGCCAAACAGCCUGGACCCCACCAGACCACAGGGACAUCCAAACAUGGGCGGCCCGAUGCGGAUGAACCCCCCGAGGGGGAUGGGCGGAAUGGGCCCACAGAACUAUGGUGGUGGAAUGAGGCCUCCUCCCAACUCCAUGGGGCCCGGAAUGCCAGGAAUGAACAUGGGUCCUGGAGGUCGAGGUCCAUGGCCCAACCCCAACGCAAACUCAAUAGCUUAUUCCUCCUCAUCUCCUGGCAACUAUGUGGGUCCUCCAGGGGGUGGAGGCCCUCCCGGAACUCCUAUCAUGCCUAGCCCAGGAGACUCCACAAAUUCCAGUGAAAACAUCUACACGAUGAUGAAUCCUAUCGGCCCUGGUGGAAACAGACCUAACUUCCCGAUGGGGCCGGGCCCUGAUGGCCCAAUGGGUGGAAUGGGAAGUAUGGAGCCACACCAUAUGAACGGUUCGCUAGGCUCUGGUGACAUGGAUGGGUUGCCAAAGAAUUCCCCUAACAACAUGGCAGGCAUGAACAAUCCCCCAGGCACUCCGAGGGACGAUGGGGAGAUGGCAGGCAACUUUUUAAACCCAUUCCAAAGUGAAAGUCCUUCCGAGAUGUCACUGGAGCGCAGGACUCCCAUCAAGGCCGCCCAUCCCAGUGUGGGCAAAGUGGGGGUUCAGGGCAGGAAACAGUCUCUGAUCCACAGGAAGUGCCAGCUCAGUGACUCUCCCUGCCUGCCUGGCUUCCUCACAGGCCCAGGACAGUGAGAGUGGGGGGACUCUGUCUGUGUGUCUGUCUUUCUGUCCAUCUGCAGGAGUCCCCUCAACAACAGACCUCUCUGCAUCAAUGCUGGUGGAUCCACUCUACUCUACCAUUUUAUUAUUUUCUUGAAAUGUUGUUUUUGCAUGCAGCAGUUGAGUGAGCGUUUAAACGCUCACCCUCAUUCAACUCCUGUGUCCUUUUGUUAAAAUGGAAAGCGGAUCUGGUGAUAUAUUAUGGCAAGAAUGGUUUUCAUGAUGUUUGUAUUUUAUUAAUAAUAUUAUUGUUAUAAUUUUCAUAAUUGAUAUUGUUAUAAUUAUGUAGUUAUGAUUUCCUGUUAAGGGCACAUUGUAACUCAACAGCAUCAACAACAGAAUAAGCACACACUCAAAAAAUGCACAAUGACACUUCUGUUUACAUGAAUUUAGGUAUUUGAUGUUUCUCGUUUUUUUUGUUUGUCUCAACCCCCUACGCAUACCUCUCUUUUGUUUUUGUAGCCAAUGUCUUCACUACCCAAACUCCAUGGCACCAAAAUGUUAAAAUUCAAGCAGAGUGCGAUAGGAAUACAAGGAUUGCUGUUCACCUGUUAGAAAUCACUAUUGUCUAAGAACAAUCCUUCUUAAGACUCCCAUCCAUGUUAGCACUGGAGUUCCUCAAAACUUGUGAACGUGGAAAUUGAGGCCAUCUCUGAAACAAUUUGGUACUCAUCAGUCCGUCAAUCUUCUACAUGGUUUGUCACAAACACACACACACACCCCUCCCAAAAUGUAACUUCAGUCUGUCCGAGUGUUUCUUCAGGCUUGUUGCUUUACAGUGCAAAGAUGAGCUGCUCGAAUGUAAUAUGGAAAUUGCUCAUAUGUCUACUUUUGGUUCAGGUGACAUCAAACAUUUAUUCUGUCUGGCUACCUAUUUCCUUCUCGUUUAGACAGAAUUGGUUUUACAGAUCCUCUUUGCUCCUCUACGGAUUUGCUUUUGCCUGUAAAUAAAACCUAUUUAGCUUGUA